AUGAACCCAACGGAAUGGGCAACUACUGAGUCAAAUACCAUAGUUCCCGAUACUGAUACAGUCAAUCCCCAAUCUACCAGCACCAUACCAGGCACUACAUAUAUAUACAAUAAGACUCAUCCAUUGCGGUACACGCAUGUGGAAACUGUGAAGACUGAAUCGUCUACAAACUUUGCUGACACCACCUCGUCAAUAUCCUCUACUAUGACUAAGGAUGCACCCUCAAUUCCCACAGUCGAAUGUGAUCUCAGUGAGUUCCCAUGUGACGAUGGAGGCUGCAUACCGUUUCGGUUUUAUUGUGACGAUCUGGCAGAUUGUCGGGAUUACUCUGACGAAAUUAACUGCGAGAGAUGUACGGUGGACCAGUAUAAAUGUCUGAGUGGAGCUUGUAUAGAUUUAAACUACAUGUGUGAUGGCAUAGCAGACUGUUAUCCACCUAGUGACGAGGCGUAUUGUGUAGAUUGUGUGCCAGGACUUUUUCAGUGUAUGGACGAGCGAUACUGUGUUCCCGACCUGUCUGUUUGUGAUCGUACUAUCGACUGCCAAGAUGGUUCUGAUGAGUUUGGUCAGCAGUGUUAUGGGUGUAGUGUAACUGAAUUCUCAUGUGAUGGGACUAAAUGUAUCCAAUUAUCAGAGGUUUGCAAUGGUGUUAGUAACUGUAAUGACAAUGCUGAUGAGAUCGAUUGUGUUUUAUGGUUUCUCAUUUUUAAAACGAAUCCAACGGGUCUUGGAGGCUUACUUUCAAUUGAUUUCGAUUUGCCAGUGCAGCCCAGUGAAUACCUGGGCGAAAAUGUUUCCACCUCCAUCCUACGAACUCAAGAUUGA